GUACACUCCCCCACCACCACUCCCUAGCUCAAUGUUCUUUCAAUUUCAUAACCAAGCUGUAAUCUCAAAUUCCUCAAUUUUCUUUGAUUAGAUAAGUAUCAUUUGUGGACCAAGCUUUCAUAGUGAAAUGAAUGUGUUUCCUGGAUUUGGUGGCUGGAUCAAUCAGAACAAUCAACAGCCCCCAAAGGGCGAGUCCAAGAGAUCUGAGAACGUUAAAUCUAACUCGAAUACGGAUAUGGAUACUAAUAAUACCGAAGAUGAUGAGGAGAUUAAGCAACUAAAUCUUUGGAGUGAUGCAGAGAAGAAGCAUCCAUGGUAUGAUCCCCCUCCAAAAGUGAAGGUGACAAUGAAAAAGGGUCUUUGCCAUAUGAACAUAGAAUUGACAUUAGGAGUGCCUCCUGAUGGAGCAUACGAACUUUUCAUCAAUCCAACCAACAUACCAUUCUUUGUUAUAGACAAGUCAGGGCGACAACUUCUGGCAAACAAAUCAAGAAAGAUUUUGAAGAAAGAUGGACCUAGGCAGACCGUGAAGGUGAAGAAAGCUGUGGCAUGGGACUUCCUUUGGUUCUCUGGAUCUCUCCCCAUUAAUUUAAUUGUCAACGAAAACAAAAAAGACCUUGAAGUAAAAUAUAAGAAAGAAAAAAUGAUGUUCAUGAAAGUGUUCGAAGGUAGCUGGAAAAUAGAACCACUAUAUGUAGAUGCAGAUCGCUUAUGCAAGAACAUGAAACCUAAGAGUCGAGAAGAAUACAAAAAAUGUAGUGGCGGACAAGGAAAAAUUGCACCAAAAGUGACUAUGGACCAAUAUUUUCAGCCAUAUCCUCUUUUAAAUCUGCCGCCGUUUUCUUGGUAUAUUCGUAACAUCACCAUCAAGACCACCAAAACUCUGCUCAAAAUGCUUCAAGAUAGGGCCACCAUACUGCGAGAGAUACCGUAUACUUAGGAGUUAGAACAAACUCGAUGGUCUUUGUAUAUUCUAUCACGUUCCAUCCUAUUUCCAUAGUCCAGUCCAUGCCAUACAUGAUGACAUGCGUUGCAUGCGGGUCAAAUAAAUCAAAGAUUACUUCAUUUCCUACUAAAUUUGAACUUUGUGACAUACGAAUAUUUAAGCUAACUUUGUGCUUACCAUUAAAUCAGAGAAAUGUAUUCUUAUAUUUUUGGAA